AUGCCACCAAAAACUAAGGGACUUUCAUUGCAAGAAAAAAAACUUAGAAUAUUGAAUUUUAUGCAAGAAGAAUUUAAUAUUUAUAGUAUGAAAGAUUUAGAGAAAUUGGUGCCAAAAAGAUGUCCAGGUAUAUCUUCGAUGGUUGUAAAAGAUUUAAUCCAACAAUUGUUAGAUGAAGAUAGUGAUGGUGUUAUCUUUAUGGAAAAAUGUGGUGCUGUUAAUGUUUACUGGAGUUUUAAAAACCAAUCAAAUAACAAAAUGUUGAAAUCAUUUAAUCAUUAUCAAGAUUUAAUAGCUGAUAGGAAGUUAAAAAUAAAAAAAUUGCAAGAAACAUUUGAGUUUGAAUCAACACAUUCAAGAAAAGAAAUCUUUAGCAUUAACGAAGUUAAAAAUGAAAUAAAUAUUAAUAAUACAAACACAAAAGAUAAAGCAGGUACAAUUGAAAACAAUGCCACUACCCCAAUCCUUGAAAAUAUGGUAAACAUCCCUUCAAACAUCGCAGACAAUAAAGUUUUGACUUCUACAGAAAGUGACUUCUCUAGGAGUGACAAGAUUAAGGAAUUUCAAAAUUUACAGACUUUGAAAAAAGAAUCCACCACAGCAAUUGAGAAAAUUAAAUCCACCAAGUGGACUAGUGAGUCAAUGAGUAAUAAAAAGGCACAAUUGAAAAAAGAUUGGGAAACAUUGCAGAUAGUCACAGACAACAUUGAAUUAUUAAUCGAUUUUCUAAGUAAAAAAUAUGCCAUACAUUCAGAUCUGAUCAGAAAGGAGUUAGGCAUCCCUGAGGAGUUUAGAAGUUUUGUUAUUAAAUGA